AUGGCUUCAGUACUCGGGAAGCGCAAGGCGCCAUCCGCCAACGUCUCUAAGAAACCCGCUCCCGCGACGGCGACGAAGAAGAGCAGUAGUUCCGCUUCCAAGGCGGCGGCGGCAACGACAAAAAAGCGCAAGACGUCAGGCGCGGUAAAGCCGCAAACGAGCCGGAAACCAGAGGCCGAGGCGCAAGAGGACGAGGCGACGAUGGACGCGCAAGAAAUUUUCAGACGGCACUUCGAGGCUGCGUUUGCGCCGCUGCCCGGGACAGCGGGAGCGAAGCGCAAGGCGAAGAAGGGCAGGGCGGCGGCGAUGGCUGAGGAGAGCGAGGAUGAUGAUGAUGAUGAUGACGAGGAAGAGGAGGAUUUGGAUGAGGAUGUCGGGGUUGACGACGAGGAUGGAUGGGGCGGUGUGUCUGAUGAAGACGAGGAAGACGACGACGAGGGAGAGAAUGUGGUUGAGGUGGUGGACCACAGCUCGUCCAAACCCCUCCCGGCGCCGAGCAUGUCGAAACGCGAGCUCAAAGCCUUCAUGUCCUCCAAACCUCCCUCCCAAACCGACCCGAACCCAACAACACCCGCCUCCGAAACCCCCGCCGACGAAGACGACGAAAACGACAAGUCGAUGCUCGCAAACGACCUCGCCCUCCAACGCCUCCUCUCCGAAUCCCACCUCCUCGCCAAACACAGCACUUCCUCCUCCACCUCCUCCGAGCCCAAAUCCUUCGCGGCCGGGAAACUCCGCCAGCGCCAGCUCGACAUGCGCAUGCAAUCCCUCGCCCCCGGCGUCGCCUCCCUCUUCAAGCAGGACAAGAUGCCCAUGGCCCAGCGCAAGGGCAUCGUCGCCAAGGCCGCGCAGCGCGAGACCACGCGCAGGAGGCAGGCAAAGGAGAAUGGCGUCGUGCUGGAGAGGGAGGCGCCCGCGCCCAAGAAGAAGAGCGGCGGCGGCAGGGGAGAGAGGAGCGUUGGCGGGCCUUCUGUGGGACGGACGUGA